AUGGAUAGCGCGUUCGUGAUGCUCGAGCAGGAGCAAUGGUCUGCUGUCUGCCUUCCGGGCGAUGAUCUCUCCGCACAGCAGCUCGAGGAUGCGGAAAAUUUCCAGGAUAUCCCUGUAACUUCACCAAAGGAAUCCACGACGUACCCUGGUUAUUGCUCCACGUUUAACAAAGUAAAUCAAAUCGCCGGUGGCAAAUAUUGCACCUACGCCACUGGGUUGCAUCCCGAGCUGAAGGAUGUGGAGACCGGGAUGAAAACUGACCUGUGCACGUACGAAGUGGGAGGUCCAGGCAAGCAGGCGUUUGAGCUCGGUGCUUCGACCCUCAAGAAGAGUACCGCGAAUAAGGAUCUGCACCAGAGUCUCGCACGCACAGCUUGGGCAUAUAUCGUCACGCCGUUCGAGAUCAAGACGUCCUUGGAAUCCGCACCAUUCCGUCUCGACGUACAUCAUCUCGAACCCUCACAAACGCAGGAAGGGCGGAAGGCACGGGCCCAGAUGACUAAGUACGCUGCUAAAAUACAGCUGCGUCAGCACCGCCGAUUCGUCUUCACGGUCUUCAUUUGCGAGCGCAUCGCCUGGCUGUUCCGCUGGGACCGCACCGGAGCAAUUGUUUCUCGACCGUUCGACAUCUUCGAGAAACCUGAGCUCCUUCUCAACUUCGUCUAUCGCAUCGCGAGAGCUUCUCCCACGGCAUUGGGAUACGACACUUCGGUCGAGAUCAUGAGGCCCGACGACCCACAGCUCGAUGCGUUUAAUGCCUACCGCGAGCGCCAAGCGAGCGACUCUUGGCACCGCACUUUUGCGGACGACCUCUGGGUUAAUAAGACGUUCUAUCCUCUCUGCAAAGUGACUUGCGAUGACGUGGAUGGCUUGGACGAAGGGAAGAAAGCGCAAGCUUCCCCUCGCACAUACACAUACAUCAUCGGUCGGCACCGUUCGGGCUCACGGUCUCCGACUGGUCGCGGUGGCAAGGGCUUCAUAGCUUACGACGUGGACCGCGCCCGGCUGGUCUUCAUCAAGGACUAUUGGUGCGCCGAUCACCCCGAGGUUCACCCUGAACUUGAGGUGUACAGAAAGCUCAACGCUGCCCGACUUGCUGACGGCUCACCGAUCUCACACAUUGCAGCUGCGAUCGCAGGAGGAGAUGUCGAUGGACCGAAGGGCCAAGUCACGUUGACACAGGAGUACCUUGCUGAACGAACGAAGGGAAAACCUGCAAGUCGCUUCCACCACCGCUUUGUUGUCUGGCAGGUUGGACGCCCAUUGGAGACUUACAAGCACGGCUUAGAGCUUGUGGGUUAUAUGUAUCAGGCAUUGCUAGCCCACCGUGAUGCGUAUGAAGUAGCAGGCAUAUUGCACAGAGACGUCAGCAUAGGAAACAUCCUCAUCGAUAUCGAAGCGUCUUGCGCCAUUCUCAACGACUGGGACCUCUGCAAGUACCGAAACGAAAUGAACCGAGCGGCGACUCAACAUGCCCGUUCUGGAACAUGGGCAUUCAUGUCAGGUCCACUUCUAGAGUAUCCCCUCAAGCCGAACGAACUCCCGGACGACCUAGAGUCCUUCAUCUAUGUCUUAGAGCUCAGCGUCUUGCGGUUUCACGACCACUGCUUCACAACGAGCCCGUUUCCCCCCGGCACACCACAAGAUAUCUCUGGCGCACAGAUCCAGACUUCGGCACUGGCCAGGUUUGUAGGCGUGAAAUUCGAUGCCGCGGACGAUACAUCCGAAGGCCAUGUCGUCGGCGGACGCCAGAAGAUCCGAGAUAUGCGGAGCGGUGACCCGGGCUUCACCAUGACGAAGCAGUCUUCGCCACUAUGGAAGCUGCUACAAGGCUUGUACGCGCUCGGUCGUGAACACUACUCCACUAUCGAUUUGGACGAGCUGCAAAGAAAAUGGGGAGCCACUUGGCGGCGGCAAAUCGCAGAUAAGAAGAAGUAUAGGCCCGAAGUGGACGAUGAUGUUUGUUUAGUGCAAGACAUGGACAGCUUUGUCAGCGGCCGUCCACCUGUGCCUGUAUCGUUCCCUAUCAACGCGUCCAGUCAAGCUAGAGCUGACAUCAGCAAUUCUGCUGAAAACGACAGCGAAGAUGUGGCGUCCGGCGAGAGCGAAUCCGAACCCGAGAACGGCCCUGAACAUGAGUAUGAGGGUAGCGAGAACGCCGACCGCACGGUCCAUGCGCCCCUUUUCACCACCACCGAGCCUUCCGAUCGUGCCGGUCAUACCCGCGAUCUCUGCACACACGCGGAUAUGAUUGAAGCCUUCAGGACAUUUGGUAAGGGAACGUGGUCGCGCCAGGACAAGAUUGGGGACCAGUUUUCGGACCUGCCCAUAUUUGGGCUGAUCAAAUCCUAUGGCCAGGUGACGGCUGGCAAGCGUCGUUCGGCGAAGGGCUCAGGGAAGCCGGCGAAGCGGCCGAAACACAAUCCGGAGAGCAGCAGUCAUUCGACUAGUGUUGCGUAGUUUUUACACCUCUCGACUCUGUGUGUUACAUUAAAUUAAUGAACAUGAAGCAAUUACGAGCCAAU